AAAAGACCAAACCUCGCCGCACGACGUUACGCGUCAAUGACGUCGUGUGAAGGCGACGACGACAACAACAACGACGACGUCGUCACGCCAGCCGAAUGGAGCCACAGGCUGCCCGGGUCCUGCUCUUGGAACCCUUCUAUGGGGGUUCCCACAAGCAGCUGCUGGACCUGCUGAGUGCCCACCUGGACUCCAGCGCGGCCUUCACCAUACCCGCCAAGAAGUGGCACUGGAGGGCGAGAACCUCGGCGCUCGACUUCAGCCUCAACGUACCCGCCGGCCCCGCGUACAGGGUUCUGUUCUGCAGUUCGGUUCUGAACCUCUGCGAGCUGGUGGCUCUGAGACCGGAUCUCGCCUGCUUGAAAAAGGUUCUGUACUUCCACGAGAAUCAGUUGGUGUAUCCUGUGCGCAAAGAUCAGGAUCGGGACUUCCAGUACGGAUACAACCAGAUUCUUUCGUGCCUCGUGGCCGACGCGGUGGUCUUCAACUCUGCCUUCAACAUGAACUCCUUCCUGUCGUCCAUCGCGUCCUUCCUGAAGAAAAUCCCCGACCGACGGCCCCGCAAAGACGUGGCCCAGCUCAUCCGGCCCAAGUGUCGCGUUCUUUAUUUCCCGCUGAACUUGGCCGACGUCACCAGGCUGUUUCCCAAAUACAAACUCCGGUGCGGGCUCACAGGCCCGUCUCACACCGAUGACAUCAUCACCGCGCAGGCAGAUGGCACUCGGCGAUCUGGUUCGGAGUGCCGUCGGGACUCUUCUGGGAAGCCUCUGCACAUCGUUUGGCCUCACAGGUGGGAACAUGACAAGGAUCCUGAGCUGUUCUUAAGCACGAUGGUGAAGUUGAAAGAAGAAGGACUCAACUUUCUGUUGUCUGUACUUGGAGAAACAUUCACCGAUGUUCCAGAGGUGUUUGCAAACUGUCGCCCUCUCCUGGACGCACACGUGCUCCACUGGGGUUUCCUGGAGUCCCGAGAGGACUACGUGAGUGUUCUGUGCCAGGCUGACGUGGUCCUGUCCACCGCGCGACACGAGUUCUUCGGAGUCGCCGUGUUGGAGGCAGUGCACUGCGGCUGUUACCCUCUAUGUCCCAACGCUUUAGUUUACCCUGAAAUCUUUCCAGCCGAAUGCCUGUACGCCACCCCCCGGCAGCUUCUCAAGCGCUUGCGCAGCUUCUGCCUCCAGCCGAGACGCGCACGGGAACACGCACUUCAGGCGGACGUGUCGCGUUUCUCGUGGGACGUCCUCCAGGGGGCUUUCCAAAGUCUGCUGAGCUCAUGAGCGGCCCAGCGGGCGGGAAACAAUUUUUCUUUCCAUUGAACGGCUUCCUGUUUGAUCCGAUGAUCACCUUUCGACGUGAUUGGCUGGCUAAUAAAGAAGAAUGGGAGUGUUUUUUUUUUUU